GCCGUAAUUUCCGGUGGGCGUGGCUACCCCGCUGUGUGAACUUUGCCCCGGAAGUGGAUUUAUUUGUUUGUUUGUUUGUUUGGGGCCAUGGCGGGGAUUAAAGCUCUAAUCAGCCUAUCAUUUGGUGGAGCCAUUGGAUUGAUGUUUCUGAUGCUUGGAUGUGCCCUUCCAGAGUACAACAAAUAUUGGCCAUUGUUUGUUCUUUUCUUUUACAUUCUCUCUCCAAUCCCAUACUACAUAGCAAGGAGAGUAGUUGAUGAUACUGAUGCAGCAAGCAGUGCAUGUAAAGAACUUGCCAUAUUUCUCACUACAGGCAUAGUCGUCUCAGCUUUUGGGCUGCCUAUAAUUUUUGCAAGAGCACAGUUGAUUGAAUGGGGAGCAUGUUCUCUGGUGCUAACGGGCAAUGUCAUCAUCUUUGCAACUAUUCUGGGAUUUUUUGUGGUUUUUGGCACUAAUGAUGACUUCAGCUGGCAGCAGUGGUGAGAGAUACAUAUGCCAAUGGAUGCAGAAGGGAGAGUGUCUAGAAUUCAUCCAAAAAUGAACUGUUAUAAUAUCAAUGACUGUCCAAUACCAGACGUGGCUAAAUCAUUACUUUUUACACUGACAUUUGUCAGUCUGCACAAGUGUGCAUUUAUAAGAGACUGCAUCCCUCUUUUAUUAGUCUAAAUAUUAUCUACAUAUCAAGACACAAAGUUUGAUUUUGCAAUCCCUAUUGGUGCAACAUUGAUAACUAUCUCAAAGAAAUGGACAAAAAGUAUUGUAACAUCGUAGAAAACACUAUUGAGAAGAAUCAACUGUUUGAUUUGUUAUUUUGUUCUGUUAGCUUUGACGUGAAGCAUUUGUAAACUAACAAAAGGGAUUUAUUCUCUUUUAAAUCAAAGUAUUUGCUGUCUUUUGUGUUUUAGUGUACAGUAAGAUUUUAGUGCUGUGUUGUAUAGUUGGGUGCAGUAUUGCAUGCUGUAUUAUAAUUGAGCUUUAUUGUGUUCAUUUUUAUGUAUAAGAUCAGUAUCAAGUUAGAAAAGUGAAACUUUACAUUGUGAUGUCUUUACAAUUGGUAGAUAGUUUACUUUCGUCCUGUCGCUGUUUUCAACAUAUUUACAAAAGCAAGUAUUAAUCAGUGUGUCCUGUAAAGCUGCAGAUAAAUACCUUUAAAAUUAUACUCUGUUAAUUGA